CUCUAGCGAGCCUCUUCUUUAACAAGCGCACCUCCUCCAACUUCGUCGAGCCAUGGAUGGCAGCUGCGAGGGAGACCCUUCAACUCCCAGCCUCCUCAAACUCCAGCGAGCCAGGGAUGGCGUCGGCCUCAAUUGGUCCGUUCCAACUUCUAGGGACCCUUCAAGGACCGCGCCAGCCUCAAGAGGUUCUAGCUUUAAGUGUCCCUCCAAGAGACGGCGCAAGCCUCCAGAGUCCUUCGAAGGAACAGCGCUGGCCUCAAGAGGUUCGUUCUAGCUUCCAGGGUCGCUCCAAGGUUGCUUCCAGAGAUUUGUUUCUGCUUCCUAUGUCCCUCAAAUUGACCGCGCCAACCGUUCUAGUGGAAACCCAAAUCGGGAGAAAAUCAUUGGCUUUUUUUGGCGGUGCCAUGUUAAAGGGAGAAACUUUUAUUAAUAUCAAGAGAAUGUACAUAUACAUCAUUGUAGGAGCUUGGAACCAUUAAUGGAGCUCCAAGCUUAGAGAAGAAGUAUUAUCUAGUAUGGGAAAGUAGGAACUGGUCUCUCAUAUUUCUUCUCGUUGCUUCACGUUUAAAGGAGAUAAGGGAGUGAUUGAUGGAGGCAAAAGAAGACCUCCUCCAUGUGAAGCCCAUGUGACUUCCAUGUGAUAAUGUACCACGGGCCCUGCUCGAUAUCUUUACAUCACGUCAAAUAUAUUUUUCUAUCUGUAUAUUUUUGGUUUUGUCUUGAAUAGUUUAUCUGAUUUAUAUCUUGGACCGGACUAAAUUGGACUUACUUAU